UCGCAGCAGCCCGUGUCUCCCUGCUCUCCCUGACAUACGAGCGUUUUCUCGGCGUGUUAUCGACGAUGGAGCGGCUGGUACGUCGCAGGAGGCAGAGUCUGACCUCUAACCAGCCGCCUGCUGUUGACUGAAUGUAAUGGGUGGCGUCGGGAGCAAAAACAAGACAUCGGUCUCAUUAGUGGAGAAGCGAUGUCUGUCUAACAGACAGAGGUUUCUGUCACUCCGAGAUGGGCUCGUCCACAACAGUCCAUUCAAGCAGCGGAGUGGUCAGCGCACAAAAUCCCACCUCCCCGCACAGACUCUCAGUCUGGAUGUCAGUCCUCCGCCUGCCUCCACCUCCAUGUUCCUGCCUGAGUUUCCACAUCGUGUGGGGACAAAUGUGCAUUUACAGGUUACAGGUUUUAUAGCUAAAGGCUCGUUCGGCCCAAUUCUGAAGGUAAAGGACUGGGCAAAAGACAAGACGUAUGCUGUUAAGGUUUUACCCAAAUCUGAGGUUCUAAGGCUUGGAGUUGUGGAGCAGUCAAAGGAGGAGGUUAUCAUCCAGCGGCAGCUCAGACACCCUUUCCUCCUCAGUCUGGAGGACUGUUGGCAGAGCCAGCGCAAUCUCUUCAUCAUGUGUGACUACUGCAGCACUGGAGAUCUGUACACCUACUGGACGCUGACUGGCCGGUUUGACGAGAAAGAAGUUUGUGUGUUUGCUGCCGAACUUGGCGGCGCUUUAGGUUUUCUCCAUGACUUUGGCAUAAUACACAGGGAUGUGAAGAUGGAGAACGUCCUUUUAACUGAGCAAGGUCACCUCCGCCUGGCUGAUUUCGGCCUGUCUCGUCGGCUCCAGCGCGGAGAGCGAGCGUUCACAAUCUGUGGAACAAUACAAUACAUGGCUCCUGAGGUCCUUAGUGGGGGUCCCUACAGCCAUGCUUCAGACUGGUGGUCCCUUGGCAUCUUGCUAUAUGCCCUGGCUGCUGGAGAGUUUCCUCUUCUUCCAGAGCCAGAUCACAGCAGCAUGCUGACCAAGGUGACUGACCACCUGUAUGAAAUGCCUCCAAGCUUCAGUGCUGGAUUGGCCCUGCUGCUCACGGAGCUCCUGAGUAAGACUCCCACGCGUCGCCUGCGCUGCCUGGAACGCUUCAAAAGGCAGAGAUUCUUCAGCGGCAUCUCUUUUGACUCUCAGCUACUGACGAAGGCUCCCAUUCAGCCGAUCCUUCGUCUCAAGGACCACCCGGAGCGGCCAGAGAAAUCAGCUAGGGGUUUGACGUCCGAGCAGCUGCAGAAUUUUGAAUGUGAUCUCCUCAACUCGCCCACAGAUUUGACCCAGAACCUUCCUGACACUGAAACGGACCAGGAUACCGCAGGCUCCCGAGGAGAGGAGGCGGGAAACUAGCACAUUUACUGAAGCCAUUUCCCUCAUUCACUUCAAAAACCAAAACAGUUGACAAUCAGUAAAAUCAGAUGAGAAUUUAAUGCAGUUCUGAGCAGAACUGAGCCUCCAGGAUACACACAGGCAGGCAAACGUGGGAAUGAAAAACAAGCUUCAGAAAUGGCCAAACUGGCAGUAAUAGGGCAGAGGCCAAAGCCAACAAGUGAACUCUGACUAGCUUGGUUACUCACCUGAAGUCAGUGACUGACUUCACAACAGACAAACAUAUCUGUGACGUAUACGGACCAUUCUUUAGUUCAAACUGAGGUCCUACAGUAAAAAACUGUUAUAAACAGAUAUUUGCAAGGAUUAUGUUAUGAUCUAUUUAAACCCAAGUCAUUCAUUGAGAUAAUAAUAAGCUAAAUAUUUACCAAAUCAUUAUUUAUAGGGUGCUUUCUACUGUGAGGUGUCUGUGCCAAUCCCUAACCCCCUAAACUUCAACUUGUGAAAAUAAGAAUGAAUAUUUUUUGUAUUUAAUGUCUUUUAAAGAUCAUUUUAAUGUCUUUGAUAGUGAAGGUUUAGAUUUUUAAUGAGUUUCAGUGGUAAAUAAAUAAAAACUUGAAAUAAAAACAGAAAAUGCUGCCCUCAAGGCCACAUGGUUAGCCAGAUCCCAUAUUUUGAAGUAAAUGUGAGCCAAAGUCUGAAAAUCACUGUCUAACAUUAAGAACAUUAAGAAUUGUCACUACUAAAGCACAGAUUUUCUGCAAUUAAGUAAGAAAAUGAUUGUGAUUUUAUGUGUACAACUGUUCAGAACUGUGUUUUGAUAAUACUGGUUAGCAUUUUUAAGUUAUUCUCAAAAUGAGCUAAAAUGAUCAGUAAUAAAACUUAAUGUUAAAGUGUUAAAUUGAACUGGUUUUGGCAAAAUGCACUGACUUUGACCCAGGAGCAGUAUGAAGAUGAAUUAGCAUCAUUGUUGGCUGAUGUUGACUGAUGUGCUGGACGUUAUUCUUAAUAUUUAAGUGCAGUAACGUAGUAAGCCCUGUAAAUAAACACGGUGUAAAUAGCUUUACACUAUGACUUUACUGAUGCCUUAUUUUCAAGAGAAUACACCAAAUAAUACAAAAUGCUCAUUGGGUCAAAUUUGAGCAGAAUUCAGUAGAAUUGUGUUGCUGUCAGUGUACAGUGAUGUGAAAGUGUUAUUUAUUUAAUUCCCAGUCAAAACGGCCGUUACAUUAAUGCUGUUAAAAUCAACAAAGGAGCUGCUGAUGUUCUCAGAACAGUGGACUUGGCGCCCCAGAGUCCAGACCAGAUUAGCUGAAUUGUGAGAAGCUGAAAAUGCAACCAGCUUCUAAGACUGAACUUUGGAGAUGUGAACAUAACAUCCCUCCAGAUUUCUUUGUAGACUGAAAGUGGGGCUCCUGAAAACAACGGAAGCUGUAAUAAAGCGUGUUAAAACGUAUAACUUGUACCGAAUGCGGUCAUGUCAAUACAUUUUACACCGUGUAUGUAAUACUUUGUGUGUUUUAUGUACUUUUAUCAAGACAAACUGCCGUUGGUCUUCA